UAAACGUCAAAUGAGCAAUAGCUGAGUCCAAUACUUUUGAGAGGUAAUCCUUUGUAAGAGGGAUUUAAGGUGAAGCAGUCAUAUAAAAAAAUUGUGUAAAUAGGGUGAAUAAUAAAUGGAUGCCACCAGUGUUUCCAUAUCUUUCACCGAAGGAGCCUCCAGUGAGGUUCGCGGUGUGUCUGGAAUAAAAAUUAACGACACGUGGAUUUUAACCAGUGGACUUCUCUACACAACAACUUCAGACAAGGAUAACGAUGCCCUCCAUUUAAUUCGUAGCCUGAAACCAGCCAUUUUAACGUGCAUCCCUGUCCCCCAAAAAAUAACCAAUGUUAGGGUCAGCGUGACGUCAAGAGCGGCUCCAAGGGCAAUGGGAACAAAUGAGAGAUCAGUGGAAGAUUCUAAAAUCAGCGAGACAUGUGGAACAAUUUGCGCCGCCUGGCGAUGUCCUCUUCUCUCUGACACACUUGACAAUUUAUUCCACGGAUGGAGUUUCGAUGAAAAUUCCGAGAAAACAGACAAAGCUCUGUUGACGAUAUUUUUACUCGUGCGUUUGCAUAAGGAUGAACAAGCGGAAUUCACUUCAACUGAUAUAUUGGAGGCAGAAGAGUGCCUGACUCAUUUGUUGCGUAUUUGCCAGCUCCUUGAAACUCCUAGAAGAGGAGUUGACAUGUUGAUUGAAUCAACGCCAUUUGGGAAUCCCGUCUUCAUUGAUUCAAUUUCCCGUGGAAUAGUCAGCAAUGCCCUUGGCACUCAUGAUUGUGUCAUGCUGACCGACGCAAAUGCUGUUCCUGGAUGUGAGGGUGGUCCAGUGUAUGUCAUAACAACAAACGGAAGCAAACUCUUAUGUGGGAUGGUGAUUGCUUCCCUGAGCUGGUGCCGGGGUGAGUGGGUGGAUUACACGCUUGUUGCCCGUCUCUUUCCCUGUCUGAUGAAUCUUCUCAAUAAGCAUGAGAACAUUGAAAAUUCUGUUAGCUCUCAUGCUGAUGUCCAUUCCAGCCUCACCGAGUGGUUGGAUAAAAGUGUGGUACUAGUGCGGUGUGGAGCUGAGUGGGGCAGUGGAAUUAUUCUCGAUCGUCCUACCGGAACAAUUCUCACUUGUUCCCACGUUGUUAAAGAGGCGCCUGAAAGACGCGUAAGGGUUGUUUUUCCUUCGAGCUCUAAUGGAAAAUCUUCAUUGUCAAUAUCCAGCGUGUGGGCGAAAUUGGUUUAUCGUACAGCACGAGGACAGGCAUAUGAUGUUGCCAUUUUGAUUGUCGACACACAAGUGAUGGACCCCACGCUGAGAUCUCUCAAGAUAGCUGAUAGAGAGGCAGAAAAUGGUGAACCAGUGGUUAGCGCUGGAUAUCCAUUUUUCUCCUCAACUCUACCGACAAUAACACGUGGAAAUAUCUCGAGGGCAUCGGCAUGCAUGCUACAGACCACCUGUUGUGUUCAGAGUGGUGCCAGCGGUGGGCCAAUUGUUAGAGCAACAACUGGUGAAUUACUGGGAAUGGUUGUUUGCAAUAUUAUAACAUCCAGGACUCUUUAUCCUAGGCUAAAUAUGGCUGUACCUAUGGCAGCUAUCAAGCAAUCCAUUGGUGAUUACAUAAAAACACAACGUGUCGAGGCGUUGUCCGCUCUAACCAAUCAGGAAGCAGCUGUUUGUGACGCUUGGAAUUUCCAUCUUCCUUCAAAAAUAUAAAGCGCACCAUAAUAUUUGUACAACAAUUUAAUAGGUAAGAAACAAGUGUCUCAUACUUUAAUAGAAAUAGUAAACAGGAAAAUAACGCAAUGACGCAAAUCUCGGUCAAAUAAAUCAUUCAAUCGUUCUCAUCAUAAGUUCCACUACCUCCUGAUCAUCUUUCCAUCCACUCAAAAUCACUCUUGAGUUUCCACUGACCGACUAAUGUACUUUUUUCGACUCUGACAAUUCGCUGGUGACGUCAUUAACAUCAUUAUUACCGAGAAUUAUUUUUAGUCGCAAGUUUACUGUUCAGAUGAGGAACAAAAAGAAGAGUGAUAAAGAUAUUAGUGGAUGGAGUUUAAUAUGGUAUAAUUGCCACGAGGAAAAACUAUAUUUGGAAAGAAUAAUGGAUUGUGGUGCGUCAUAAUGGGAUUUAUCGAGGGUAAACUGGGAGAUAACCAAUCUCGAGUUGAUAUACACACGCUAUUGACCGAGUUUUUAGUUGAGAGAAAGUUUUUUUUUUGACCUCGCAUCACAUCUCCCCCUGAACUGCACACUCAGCAGGAAUUGCUAUGUAUUCGUCACUGUUUUAUUUUAACUCACUCAAUUUAAUUCGUGACAUUUGGCUGUCAAAAAUGUCAAAUUUUCGAUGAACGAGUACUCUCGCUUAAUUUGAUUGUUUGAAAAAUAUUGAGCAACGACAGUGGAAGUCUUAAGCGUAUUAUAUCACUGGUAAAGAUCCUAAAAUAUUUUGAUUACGAGGAGAUGUGAAGUUUAUUGAUUGCAUCAGGCCCAAUUUACCCUCCACACCAUUAAUGUAUGAGAUAGAAGACGGGGAAAGGAGUCUGUUGAGUUAUUUUUGAGUCGAAAUGUAUUAACUGUGGAUAACGACCCAAUUCCAUUCGAUUUGCAUGAACAACUUACUGAUCAACCUCGGAGUGUAUAUGCAAAUUCAUAUUCGUUCUAUACACUUGACGACAUUUGAAUAUUUUUUUUCGUGGAUUAGUUGUACGGUCGGUGGGUUCUUUCAUAACAGAAUAGAAUUAUUUUAAAGAUUUUUAUAAUGCCAGAAAUUUGAAGAAAAUAUGGAAAUUUCACUGACAUCCAGUGUUAUUCGCGGUGAUGACACACUCAUCAAUUAUGUUAUCGUUCGAGUGUUGUUACACCCUUGGGUUAAUGUUAAGUCAAUUCCAAAUAAUUGAUAUUCUGUUUGUGUAUAAUAUACAUUCACUUACGUCACAUCCUCCACUCGAUUGUCAUGACGAUGAUUCCGAAAUGAACGCUGUGAAAACUUUGAAGACACGUAACAUUUCGAAUGCGACAUAAAUACCAUGUUUAUUGGCAGUAUUUUUCAAAUGAUAAAUUAUCUUAGGAUUAUUUUUUAUUUAUUGCUAUCGAGACACUUCGAUAGGUACAAAAAUUCACGUUGGCAAAGUGGCCUUCCCCCCCAUAACAGAAAAAUUUUCGUCAAUGGGAAACGGUUUUUCGUUUUUUUUUUCAUUUUAUUUUUACGUUUGAUUUAUAUAAUCAAAAAUUUGUACACUACCUUUUACGAGAUGAUAGUAUAUACAUGUCGUUCUCCGAAUUGGAAGAAUUGAAAUUUUUCUAUCGAUGAUGGGAUUAGAUAUAUUGUUAGACAGUUUAGGUAUGGAUUUUUUUUUUGGUUUUUGGUAUAUAUCACGAGAAAUGAAUUAUUACUACAUGUUCGAUUUCGCUUGCACUGGAACUUGCAUUGUCACUGCACUUACAUGCAUUAACAGAGAAUUGUCACAACAGCUGAAGAAUUUCAAACGUCGAACGUUUUCAUAUGAAUCAAUGCGAUGAUUAUUCAUCUUGGAAAUUAUCCGACCGUUUCGUACCCGUUCCUUUAAUUUUUAUUUGUUUUUUCUACUGUUCAACUUAUACUUCCGAUAAAACGUCACGAGUGUGCAAUUGUUCGUUGUACAUCAAUUACUUCAGUAGCCGAUCACACUUGCAAACUUACAGACGAUUACAUUUUUAAAUAAUAGUUAUCUUCUUCACCUUAAUUCACUAUAUACAAGUUGGAUGGAACAUUUUAUCAUAAUUAUUAAUUAACCGCGGAUUCUCCAAUUAAUUUUCAAUACAAAUUCAUAGCGAAGUGGCCAAACGUAAAUUGGCUGUGAUAUUUUUGGUAUAAUUGAUACUUUUUAAAUGAUAAUAUAAUGAUCAAUUCAUUCUAAAAACCCGUCAAAAAUGA